GUUUUGUUAUCUCAAUCUUCGAGGUCGAUCUCUGGUUUUCUAUCUUCCAAUAGAUUAGUCGUCUCGUCUCGAUCUAAAAAUGUAGAAGCGAACAUGGGAGGAAGAAAAUAUUAUACGUUAAUUCAAUUAUGUGGGAUGCAUUCUAUUAAUAUUUUUGUCUGUCACAUGGAUGAGUUGAUGAUGGAUCUAUUAAUAAUUUAAUUACGAAUUUAUUGCCUACAGAAACUAUUUAUUAAUACUUUUCUCAGGCAAAAGAAGAUCACAUAUUCACAUUUUUUCACGUCUCCUUCUUCACACAGAGAAAGAGGGAGAGAGAUUGCAUCUUAUGCGACAUGGAUCAUCAUCGAGAAUCGAAUCCUCUGAAGGAGCUUUUCUCUCUAUCUUCGUCUCCUUUCUUCUCCACCUUGAAGAUCAAGAAACCUAUAUUUGUCGGGAUCUCUCUUCUCAUUAGCUUCCUAAUAUUCUCUGUUAUCGUCAUCGAUCUUGUCGGCUUCGAGCCUCAUCUCUGUUUUGGAUUCUUAUCGUCUUCCCGAACCCUAACGAAGGGAACAGGAAACGACGACGUAUGUGACUAUUCAUACGGAAGAUGGGUUCGUCGACGCCGUGAUGUGGACGAAACCUCUUAUUAUGGAGAAGAGUGUCGGUUUCUGGAUCCUGGUUUUCGUUGUCUGAAUAAUGGAAGAAAAGAUUCUGGUUUUCGACAAUGGCGAUGGCAACCACAUGGCUGCGAUCUUCCACGAUUUAACGCAAGUGAUUUUCUGGAGAGGAGUCGGAAUGGGAGGAUUGUGUUCGUCGGAGAUUCUAUCGGAAGAAACCAAUGGGAAUCUCUUAUGUGUAUGCUGUCACAAGCAGUGUCUAAUAAAUCUGAGAUAUAUGAAGUUAAUGGGAACCCUAUAAGCAAGCAUAAGGGUUUCCUUUCGAUGCGAUUUCCGGAACAAAACCUAACUGUUGAAUAUCAUAGAACACCGUUUCUGGUUGUGGUUGGUCGGCCACCUGAGAACUCAUCGGUAGAUGUCAAAGUGACGGUUAGAGUCGAUGAGUUUAAUUGGCAGUCCAAAAAGUGGGUCGGGUCUGAUAUUCUAGUCUUCAAUACAGGACAUUGGUGGAACGAAGACAAGACCUUUAACGCGGGCUGCUAUUUUCAGGAGGGAGGGAAAUUGAACAAGACAAUGAGAGUAAUGGAGGGAUUUGGGAAGUCUUUAAAGACAUGGAAGUCAUGGGUUUUAGAGAGGCUAGAUUCUGAGAGGAGUUAUGUCUUCUUCAGAAGCUUCUCUCCUGUACACUACAGGAACGGGACAUGGAACUUGGGUGGUUUGUGUGAUGCAGAGACAGAGCCAGAGACUGAUAUGAAGAAAAUGGAACCUGAUCCUAUCCACAACUAUUAUAUUUCUCAAGUAAUCCAAGAAAUGAGAUAUGAACAUAGUAAGGUUAAGUUUCUGAACAUUACAUAUCUGACCGAGUUCAGGAAAGAUGCUCAUCCUUCACGGUAUCGAGAACCGGGAACUCCUGAAGAUGCUCCUCAAGACUGCAGUCACUGGUGCUUACCCGGUGUACCUGACACAUGGAACGAGAUUCUCUAUGCGCAGCUUUUGGCAAUGAAUUACCGAACAAAAUGAAUAGAGGUACAAGUAUAUAUUGCUUCCUUCCUAGUCAUAAUGCUAUCUCCUCGACGCCUUCUUCGGUCUCAGUUUCAUU